UUGGGUACAUUCAACUUUCGAAAAAGCUGCUCUCCAGAAAGUUGACGAUUUGGCUUCCACGUCAGCCACACCAGAUGCGAAAGAGGUGUGGAAUCGCCGUGUACAACUCCGAAAGCCCAUACUUCAGCGGGAUGAAGUGCUGUCACCUAAGGUGUACUAUGCCCCAGAAUGGGAACUGGACAAGAAGCCGAACAAGGACGCUGGCUAUCCUGACCCAUUGAAAGGGUAUGGCAUGACACCUGAGAAAUGGGAAUAUUACAACAAGGUUGUUUGGCCUCCCCAUUAUAUUGUACCGGAGACAGGAUUGCCAAAAGCCAGAGAAGUAUUCCAUUGCAGAGAAUCGGUACAUUUCUCCCCAAAGCGUAUGUGGCAGGCAUGUCAGCUCAUUUGGCGGACGAAUGUUGACGAAGCAAUAACCCAACUGAAUUUUCAACAGAUAAAGAGUUGCAAAAUUCUUGCUGAAGUGUUAACAGAGGCUAAAGAAAGAGCAGUGAACGAGUUUCAUAUCGAAUUCCCAUCCGAUAUGUUCGUUGCAGAUGCGUUUCCAAUCCAGUGCCAGAUAGUGAAAGGUGCUAGACGUCACGCGCAUGAAAAUUGGUGUACCAUUCGUUAUCGAUAUAUUAAUAUUUUCGUCCGAUUAGAGGAGGGAAGCCCGCGGAAUUCAAAGAGCGGGAAAAGAGGAAAAAUGGCUGGGAGCAGAUGGAAGCCUAUUAUAAGUACCUUAGGUCACGAACAAAAAAGUACAGCAUUUGAUAAAAAGAAGAAAAUAGAAUUGGACGAAACUCAUUUGUUCAUUGAUCGGGAAAUUGUGAAGAUACUUGAGGAAAAGCUGGAUCAGUUGAUGGAGCAAAUGAAUCCCGAGCUGAGCGACAAAUAA